AUGAGUGCGUUUAAAAAAGGUAAACCGAAGUCUAUCGAUGUUGAAUAUACAACAAAAGAUUUACCUAUGUUACGUAGAAAACGAACUAUUGCUCAUAAUCGCUUACAAAAGGCGUUGGAACUCGGAAAUUUAUCAUUAACGGAUCAUUCUCAACGUGAUAUGUUUCUAUCUUAUUACCAAGAAAUAAAAGAUAUUGCAGCAACUUUUGAACAUGCGCAUCUUAAUAUUUUACAAAUUUUAGAACCUUCGGAUUCUGAUGACCUUGAUGACACUUAUGAACGAUUCGACGAGAUGUAUUAUAAUGUAUUAGCUAUCCAUCGGUCAAUAACAAGGGGACAAUCGGAAAGUUCAUCACGCGUUUCUUCUAAUUCGAAUAUUCGGUUACCAAAAAUCGUACUUCCUCAUUUUUCUGGUGACAUAAAACGGUGGCCUGAGUAUUUUGAUACUUUUAAUGAAUUAAUUCACAAUUGCCCUUCCUUAAGCGAUGUCGAAAAGUUUCAUUAUUUGACUUCAUCUUUGAGCGGUGAAGCGUUAUUCGUUGUCAAGGCGUUCCCUCUCUCACACGAACAUUACGAACAUGCGUAUCAAGCGCUCAUCGCUCGGUAUAAGUGUAAACGCGCCUUAACAUUUACAUGUUGGAAGGAUCUUUUAGCUAUUGAGUUUAAAUGUACUAACGGAAUUGAAUUUAGGAAAUCGCUAGAUUUAUUUGAAGAAAAUUUAAGUAUUUUAAAAACUGCUGAGUUACCUAUUCAACAUUGGGAUUUUAUUUUGGUUUAUCACAUACUAUCGAAACUUGAUUCAACCUUACGUCGUGGUUUUGAGGAAAAAUAUUCAGAUGUUGACCUCCCUACAUAUAAACAAUUAAUUGGUUUUCUUAGAACUAAAUGUGAGGCUUUGUUGCGCGAUACACAUUUUACUGAAAAUAAACUGAGUAAACAGGUCAUCAAGCCUACUUCAUCGACACCUUUUCAAAAACCUUUCAACAAAACGAAUGCCUUGAUAGCUUCAGCUGACGUACAACAAAAUAGUAAAAAUGUUGUCGUAUCGAAUAAAUGUCCUUUUUGCGCGCAGACGCAUACGAUCUUAUCUUGUUCUGAAUUUCUUAAAAAACCCGUAGAAGAACGUAUCAAAAUAACCACCGAGAAGAAUUGGUGUUACAACUGUCUUAAGUCGUCUCAUCAAUUAAAAAACUGCAAUUCCGUUUUUUCGUGCCGUGUUUGCAAACGUAAGCAUCACAGCCUACUCCACCGUGAGAAAGCUAUCGAAAACAAUAAUACGUCGUCGUUAGUGACAAACACUAAAUCUAAUACUGCAGUUUUACUUGCAACUGCGAUUGUGCAGGUCAAGGAUGCGUCCGGAUGUAUGCAAUCGUUUCGAGCCUUGUUCGACAGUGGAAGUCAAAAUAACUUUAUAACCACAGCAGCAGUAAAUCGUUUGCAACUGCAAAUAUUUCCAUCCUCUUCUCACAUAAGCGGUAUAGGUGAAACACAGACUUCAAUCGUAGGGCAUGUUCGUUGUCAGAUCGGUCAUCAUGAUAAAAUUCUAUUCAACUUAGAUAUGCAUGUCAUUGAUUCAAUUUGUGGGGACCAACCCAUCGCUAAAUUAAAAACAACCGAGUGGUCACAUAUCGAAUCACUACCUUUGGCAGAUGCAGGAUUCGAUAUCCCUGGUCCGAUUGAUAUUUUGUUUGCUGCGGAUGUAUUUACCGAAUCGUUACUGAAUAAAACAAUUAAAGGUGGUCCUAAUCAACCUACCGCAUUUAAUUCCGUCUUUGGCUGGCUACUGCUUGGCAAAUCACAGCUAGCCUCCUAUUCAUUGUUAAAUACAUCAUUGCAAGAUGACAAUGAAUUAAAUUCAUUAGUUAAGCAGUUUUGGGAACUGGACUCAUUACCACAAGCGUCAUCCUUAACUCCAGAAGAAUCAUUGUGCGAGCAUAAAUUCAAAACAACUCAUACACGAGAUGAAUCGGGCCGAUAUAUCGUGACGUUACCGUUUAAACAUGAUUCGGAGCCAACCUUUGAGGGUUCUCGUGAUGUUGCUUUACGACGAUUCAGUGCGAUCGAACGGAGGCUUUCUCGUGAUCCAGAAUUGCGUCGUCAAUACUCCGAAUUUAUGGAAGAGUAUCAACACAGUGGCCAUAUGUCGCUCGUUCCCAUAGACGAAAUGGGGAGAGGUAAAUAUUACAUCCCUCAUCAUUGCGUUUUGCGUCCUGAUUCUGUAACUACUCGUCUCCGUGUCGUUUUUGACGCUUCGGCUAGGGAUCUCCGUUCUCGUUCUCUAAAUGAUUCACAGCUUAUCGGUCCAAAAUUACAACCAAAUCUUUUGGAAAUUCUAUUGCGUUUUAGAGAACAUGAAAUCGUAUUUAUCGCUGAUGUUCGCGCCAUGUAUCGUCAAAUCCUAAUAUCACCUGAACACCGCGACUAUCAGCGUAUUCUUUGGAGAUUUUCCCCUGCCGACCCACUUCGUGAGUAUCGCCUAAAUACAGUAACCUAUGGAGUCUCUUCAUCUCCUUUCCUUGCUUGUCGCACGGUCAGACAGCUUGCUGAGGAUUCAGGUGAUGGAUUUCCUUUGGCAAAACAAAUCGCGCUCUCUGAUGUAUAUAUUGAUGACGUUAUUAGUGGCCAAUCUUCAUUGGACGAAGCUCUAGAAGCUAAAUCGCAAAUUAUUGCUCUUUUUGAGUUGGGGUGUUUUCAUCUCCGCAAAUGGAUGAGUAACGACCCACAAUUAUUAGCUGAUCUGCCUCCGAAGGAUUGUUUAACUGAAUCGGUUUCUUUUGAUGAUUCUGAAACUCUUGCUUUGAAAGUUCUUGGUUUGAAAUGGGAUCCUAAAUCAGAUGCAUUUUUGUUUGAAGUUAAACCAUCAAGCCAGUCGUGUACCAAACGAUCAAUUCUUAGUGAAAUCGCGCGAAUCUUUGAUCCUCUGGGAUUUUUAUCUCCUAUUACGAUAAAGGCAAAAUGUCUCAUCCAAAGAUUGUGGAUACUUGGCGUCGGGUGGGAUCAGACUCCCCCUGAAGAGAUUGUUAAGAUCUGGGACAUUUAUCGAGCUAACCUUUCUUGUCUAGCUGAUGUCAAAAUUCCUCGAAAAAUCACUAGUUCGAUUGCUACCUCAUACGAACUUCACGGAUUUUGUGAUAGUUCCGAAAUCGCGUAUGGGGCCGUUAUUUAUUUACGUUUCACAGAUCACAAUGGAGAGAUUCAAGUCCGUUUAAUUUGUUCAAAGGCUCGUGUAGCACCUUUAAAGCGAAUAUCAUUACCCCGCUUAGAACUUUGCGCUGCAGUCCUUCUGUCAGAUCUAUUCAGAUUCGUACGGGAUACUUAUGUGGAUCGAAUCUCUUUGAACGCAGCUUAUAUGUGGUCCGAUUCUACAAUUGUAUUAUCGUGGGUAAGGUCUCAUUCAUCACGCUGGGUUACAUUUGUAGCAAACCGGGUGAGCCACAUUCAUGAUAUAAUACCGACUGAAUGCUGGCAUCACGUGCCCUCGGAGGAAAAUCCAGCCGAUGUUUGUUCAAGAGGACAGUUUCCGGAUGAAAUCGUUCACAAUUCCCUUUGGUGGGCGGGGCCAUCCUGGCUAUCAAAGGAUCGAACUACGUGGCCAAAUUCAUUUGAAAGUCUCUCUCCAUCUGACGAGGCAGUCGUAAAAUCCGAGUCUAAAUUAUCGUCAGCUCUUUUAAUUGAAAAGAAAUUAACCGAAUCUCAUCAAAGUACUUUCGAAAUGCUAUUAUCUAAAUUCUCAAGUUUACAAAAAUUGUUGAACGUUCUGGCAUACAUAAAUCGCUUUAUCAGAAACGCAAAAAAUUCUAAUCGCCCUAAUUGUAACCUAUAUAUCACUAACGUCGAGCGACAUAAUGCGCUUAUGCAGAUCGUAAAACACGUCCAACAAAUUGCAUUCUCUCAAGAAAUCUUAAAUAUUAAAGCUAAGAGACCGAUUCUUAAACAGUUUAAAAAACUUAACCCUUUUUUGGACGAUUACGGUAUUCUUCGUGUUGGAGGUAGAAUCUCGCGAUCAGAGCUUGAAUAUGAACAUAAGCAUCCUGCAUUGUUACCACCUGACCAUCCACUAACCAUUUUAAUAAUAGACUUUAUUCAUCGUAACUACUGCCAUACGGGCAUAAAUACAACCCAUUUUUUAUUACUGCAGCAGUUUUGGAUUAUUUCAGCAAAACGUGUCGUUCGUAGUCGUUUAUCGAAAUGUGUCCAAUGUUAUCGAACAAAUCCAAAACCGUUGCAGCCUUUUAUGAGUGACCUACCAUCCUGUCGCGUUAACCAAAUAAAACCCUUCUCAGUAGUAGGUGUAGAUUUCGGGGGACCCUUUCGCAUUAAACUCGGUUCUCAUCGUGGAGCAAAAAUUGAUAAGGCAUAUUUAUGCUUGUUUGUCUGUCUUGCUACGAAGGCCGUUCAUCUUGAAGUAGUGUCUACGUUAUCUGCAGAAGGAUUUAUUGCCGCACUACGCCGUUUUAUUGGAAGACGCGGUCGGUGUAAUGUGAUUCAUGCUGAUUGUGGCACCAAUUUCGUUGGUGCUAGUAAUCAACUGUCAGCUCUUAUGGAGAGGGCUUCUGUUGCUGAGAAAAUUGAUUUUAAAUUUAACCCGCCCUCGGCACCUCACUUCGGUGGCGUUUGGGAAAUCCAGAUUAAAGCUGCAAAAUCACACUUAUAUCGAGUUGUAGGCGAUCAAGUACUCACCUUUGAGGAAUUGACCACACUCUUCGUUCAGAUCGAGUCAAUUCUGAAUUCGCGUCCGUUAUAUCCCCUCAGUUCUGAUCCUAACGAUCUGACUGUGCUCACGCCCGGACAUUUUCUCACCCUAGAACCUUUAACUGCUGUCCCCGAUGAGGAUCACACUAACACUAAACUUCAUCGGCUUAAUCGGUGGCAGCUGUUACAAUCUUUUCAUCAGAAUUUCUGGUCUAGAUGGAAACAUGAGUACCUUAAUUCAUUGACCGAACGCGCUAAAUGGACUAAAGAAUCUAAACCGUUAUCAGUGGGUUCAAUGGUGAUAAUUAAAGAUGAUAAUCGUAUACCACUUCAAUGGUCACUAGGUAGAGUGGUUGAUCUACACUUCGGUGCUGAUGGGAUAGCUCGAAGUGCUGUUGUUAAAACUUCGCAAAAUCAUCUGACUCAUCGUCCAUUGAUUAUUAGAAUUGCUGACCCCGAGAAAGGCUGGAUCAUCGUGCAGUUGCAGACCCAGAUAUUGUUUUUUUUUGUUCUAGUGAUAGCAACGGCACACAACAUUACCUAUUUAGAGGUACCACAGUAUGGAGACCCGCGUCGGGACGCUGACCUCAUAUGCCACUACGUCAGCGAGAGAGGUGACCCGCCCCUACACUCCGUUAAAUGGUACCGCGACAACAAUGAAAUAUUUCGAUACACGCCAGGACAACAGCCACCAACUAGAACGUUCAAUACGACAGCCGGUGGCGUUACCCGCGGCUCUUGCAACAUGAAUAGCUGUUCCAUCAGCGUGGUUCUUCCAAGAAGGUACAACACUAGAGUCUCCUUCACCUGCGAGGUUUCCACCGAAGGCCCGAGAUUUGCAGUCGUCAACCAGACGAAAUAUUUGACGGUUGCUGUAACACUGAAGGAAGACCCGGUGAUAACUGGUGCAUCUGGUAACGUCCAGUUGGGGGAAGAUGUCCUGCUUAAUUGUUCGACAAAACCAGCGAUGCCAACAGCAAAUAUUGUGUGGUACGUGGACGGAAGACCAGAAAAGACGGAACCCUGGAUGAGUGACAACACAGAAGUAUCAUCUGCUGACGAUUUCGGUCUGCGAUCGAGCUGGCGCCCUCUCCGCGUCAGAGUGGCAACGGCGAGAGGAUUCAUCGUUGUUCGUUGCGAAGCCAAUCAGCCCACGAGACCUCCUUACAUUAGGUCCUCGAAUGCAACGUUAACCGUGGCGCGAUCGCCACACCUGUCUAUGUAUACCGCAUCCGGUUCGAGUUCCGCGGAAGUUAUUAUGGUGUUGGCGACGUGCAUCUCCAUACAUAUAUUUUCUAAAUACAGUGCCUUGAGUGAAGUCUAACGAAGUUGGAUAGAAAAUUGGUAUUUGUAUAAACAAAGAUA